AUGGCAACAAAUAUUCAAUCUGAAUUAAGUUCAUCUGAAAUUGAACUUGUUAAUCGUGUUCAUGCUUAUUUUCUAAAUAAUAAUCCAACUAAAUUCUUCUAUUUUUAUACAAAUACAUCACCAUUUAGUAAUUUUUAUCCAUGUCAAGUUAUUGAAAAUGAUAUUCAAUUCCAUUGUACAGAACAAUAUAUGAUGUAUCAUAAAGCAAAAUUAUUUAAUGAUGAUGAUAUUGCUCAAAAAAUUCUUGAUGCUAAAAAGCCUGGUCAAUGUAAAGCUUUAGGAAGAAAAGUAAAAAAUUUCAAUGAACAAACAUGGUUAAAUAAUCGAACAAAGAUUGUUUCUAAUGGAAAUUAUCUUAAAUUUACACAAAAUGAAGAUUUAAAAAUGAUUCUCUUGGAACACAAUGAUACAUUAUUAGUCGAAGCUUCACCAAAUGAUCGUAUAUGGGGUGUUGGUUUAUGUGAAAAAGAUCCAUUAAUUACACAAAGAUCUACAUGGAAAGGACUUAAUUUAAUGGGUUAUAUACUUACAGACAUUUCUUAUCGAAUAAUGAACGAAAAUAAAACAAAAUCAGUCUAG